UUGGGAGACGUGACGUCGUGAAGACAACGGACAGCGCAGUGUGACUUACGUCAUAACCAGGAUGACGUCAUGGUAGAAAAAACAUGGGUAAUCCAACAAGCAACAUGUUUGCCGGGGACUAAAAUAAUAUGAGCGAACAGCGUAAAAAAUCGCAUAACUAUCAGAAUCCUGGAAAUUGGUACAAGGGGCGGCGCAAUGCAAUAAGUAAGGAUGUGGCACGGAAAAGGAAACAAUCACAAAGCAAAAAGAACCACCAUUUUCACCUGUCAGUGGUGAAUUACGAUAGCAACGCAACAAGCAAAGGCGAAGGUUUAAAAAAUUUGCCGAGAUCAUCUACUCACAGCGAGAAAUCAAAUGCAGAAUUGACGUCCUCUCAAAUUGCAGCGUUCCGAGAGAUAUUUGAUCUAUUUGACAGCAAUGGAGGAGGAACCAUCGAUGCCGAGGAGUUCGACAAGACCCUGCGUUCUGUUGGGGUUGCCCUGUCUCACGAUGAGAUCAGAGAAAUUAUGUGCAAAAUAGACAAGGACCAGAGCGGUGAAAUAGACUUUGAAGAGUUCCUAGAAAUCAUGACAAGCACGGAACAAUUUUUGGAGGCCUUUGCAAAUAACCACGCAGACGAAAAGGAGAGUCGAGGGUCUGACGUCCUGUACGAUGCGCUGACAAGAUUUCUUAAAUCUUGUGCUUUGGCAAAUAUGGAUGAAAUUGUGGGUUUCUACCACACGACAUACAAGCACGUCCAGGCUCCCCAUGUGGUCGGAUAUUAUGCAGCAGGCGCCAGAGUGAUUGGGCUUAACGAGAAGGAACUGGUCCAGCAUUUCGAGAACAUUAGGGCUCACAACGCAGCAUAUGGUGAGAAGUACGAGAAGAGCCCGUAUGCCCAACAACCCCACGUGAUACCUUCAGGCAGAACAAGCUACAAGCAUAACAUGGCGCGCAACACCAAGAAGAACAGGAAAAGAGGGAAAAUCAAGAUAAAGGUUUUACUGAAGCAUCCUGAGGCGGAACAGAGCCCUGACAUGGGGAGACUCUCCGACUCCUUCCCAAGGGUGUCUUGCAUAGGCCAGAGACAGGAAAAUAUGCCACACGAAAGAGAUUACCUUCGGCCACUGGACCCCCGGAACCGUCGCAAUGGGUGGAUGACACAUCGCUUGAAGCACACAUGGGUUCGUCUACCAGGGAUCCAUCUGAAAGAUACCAGAAGAUUUGAUACUCUCACAGCCGAAGAUUUACCAAAUAUCAGAACAAGCGUUGCAGUUGCCAAAAAGGCAUACCAGUCCCAUUUGAGGGAAGAGCAGCAGUGUGAGACAAUGCAGCACUGGAAGGCGCUGAAACCAACAGCGAUACAUUCGCGGAUGUUACGUAACCAUUUCCGCCAAGUUUUCUGCGCAUACUCUGCUGUAUAAUUAUGGCAUUCAUAAGAAUAUCACGUGGUUUUCACAAAAAUCAUAUUUUAUAUUUUGCAAAUGAGAGAAUAAAUAAGAAUUACUGGAGAGCUUAAAAUGCUAAUAUUUUGUUUCAUUUGUAUGUAUGUUCUUUUGUUAGCUUUUAUUGUAAUUCUUGUCCCGUUUAUUUAUUUGCCGAUGAUAACUUCCAAUAAGUCAAAUUAGCAUUGUGGUAACUUAGAAAUAGGAUAAACUAUGAAUCAGAAAUGACUUUAAUUUGUAUUCUGAGUAAUGCGACAUGUAUU